AUGGCCUCCAAUCCCAACGAUACUGUCGCCCCCAGACCUCAUAUAUUACUAUCCCCCUAUGUGGAAUAUACCAUCCCUUCUAACACUGAAGAACCAAUUUCGGAAGUGAGAUAUCCGGAUAGCCCAUGGUACGAUGCUCGGCCUGAAUGCUCGGACCAUUUCGAAGUGCCCUUACACAGGGAAUGGAAAAGUCAAGUCACCCAAGGCGAUUUGAAUGCUGGACACUUUGACGACAUCACAAGCAAGGGCGAUAGUCCCAUCAAGCUUUGCUGUAAGGCUGAUCUGAUCAAUGAGACUGAACAUCAACUCCAAAGUGUCUACCCUCCAGAAGAUACAUGCUAUGCCUCGAGCGGAUGUCACAUUAUCGCUAUACUUAGUGAGAAAGAGAAAGCUCUGAUGGAAAAUGCUUCUUUCCUUCCAGGGUUCGCCUCGGAAGAUCUCAAAGGAUCGAUUACACUACCGCUCCAAGAUCGAGACGUGACCUUUUCAAGAUAUACCGAAAAUGGUACCGUGUAUAUUCGAUGUACGUUUGCCGAGGUGACUGAUGAGCGAAUGACUGCAAUUACACUUGGGUCAGAGAUGCCCAGUCUGAAAACUGCAAAAGGCAAGACCAACUAUCCAUUUGGAGAAGGAGCACGAAGCGAUAGUCGAUUCGAGGAGACUGAAAUCUUCAGAUUGGGGGUAGCGGCUUUCGCUGCUUCGUCGAGAUAG